AUGGGGUACAUGGUUGCUCAGAAGGGUGGACACGAUCGUGUUGGGUUUACAAAGAAGGAUAUGUACAAUUAUUUUGAUAGUAAAAUGCGUGCUACUAUUAAAGAUGGUGACGUUGCCGCUGCUAUAAAUUAUCUAAAUGUGAAGUCAUCUACUGAUCCCAUGUUAUAUGGUAAAUAUGCCGUAGGCAUGGAUGGACGAAUGAAGUCUCUUUUUUGGGCUGAUGGAAGCAGUAGAUCUGACUAUUUUUGUUUUGGCGAUGUGAUUGCGUUCGACACGACUUACAAGAAGAACAAAAACAACUACCCAUUGGUUAUAUUUCCAGGGUGUAACCACCACUCUCAGACAGUUAUUUUUGGUGCUGCAUUAGUGUCAGAUGAAACGACAGAGACGUAUAAGUGGUUGUUGGAGUGUUUUUUAGAGUGCAUGGAAAAUAAAUACCCAGAAGCAGUUGUAACAGAUGGAGAUGGGGCGAUGAGGGAAUCUAUAAAACAGGUGUUUCUGGAUGCGACACAUCGUUUAUGCGCUUGGCAUUUGAACAAGAAUGCGUCUGAGAAUGUAAAGAACUCGGAAUUUUUGAAAGAUUUUCAAAAAGCCAUGUACUCUAAUUUUACAAAGGAUCAAUUUGAAGAGUUUUGGUCAAAAACAAUUAAAGAAAACGGACUUGAAGGAAAUCCUUGGGUUGCAAAAACGUACGAGAACAAGUCACUAUGGGCAACUGCAUAUCUACGUGAGAAGUUUUUUGGACGUAUAAGAACUACGUCUCAAUGUGAAGCCGUCAAUGCAAUCAUCAAGAGUUAUGUCAGGAAGAAAGGCUGCAUUUUUGAAUUUAUGCACAAUUUUGAUCAGGCUCUGAGAUCUUAUAGAAACAAUGAACUAAUUGCCGAUUUUAAAUCAAAGUUUUCAGAACCUGUGAUGACUACUCAACUGCGUGCCCUUGAGAGCCAUGCUGCGAAAGUUUAUACUACGGAGAUUUUCAAGGAAGUCAGAGAUGAAAUAGUGAAGGCUGGAUCAUUGAUUGUUAAGGAAAAGUUAAUUCGCAACGGAUUUAAGACUUAUCGAUUUACAAAAUAUUGUUGUGAUAACUAUGACGUAGAGGUUGUGUAUGAUGGUGAAACACUUCAAUGUGAGUGUAGGUUAUGGGAUUCUCGUGGGAUUCCAUGUUCUCAUAUGUUUGGUGUCAUGAAGGAAGAACAUGUUAGUCUCAUUUCCACCGGUUUGAUUUUGUCGAGAUGGACGAAGGAUGCAAAAAUUCACUACUUGAACAUGAAUUGUAAUGGUUCUGAUGAUUCUAAUAUGAUUGAGCUAGCUCGGUUUGGUGCAUAUUGUUCUGCAUUUACUGCUUUUUGCAAAGAAGCUUCAAAAAAGGAAGGUGUUUAUGGGGAAAUAAUGGGUGACAUUCUGAAGUUACAAAAAAAGUAUUGCAGUACGGACGAUCCUAUUUUGGCAUCGAACUCAGCCGUAGGUGAUCCAAAUAUUGUGAAUAGCAAAGGUGCUCCAAAGAAAAAAAAGAAUGACAUAAAAGCUAUUAGGCGAUGUUCUAAAUGCAACAGUAGAACUCAUAAUGCAAGGAGUUGUUCGGUUGCGGAAAACGCGCCAUCUGAACAAAAUGUUGGUAUGACGUCGCGGCCAGUAUCUGAUUCAUUCAGCCAAGUUGUGAAGGUAUUAUGUUUUUUUUUAAUACAAGGUCUGAUAUGCUGUAUUAAUUAUAACGUGUUAUUAUCUGUAUCAAAAGAAUAA